UAUUUCCAAAACAAUAUGGGGCAGUUGUAUCUGACAUCCAAAUCCAUAUGUCUUUUGUUAUACUUUCAGUACUCAAUUAUUGUUAUGUCCAUUGCAAUCUCAGGUCUGGAAUCAACUGAUCAAUUAGCACUACAAGAGUUGAAAAACAGAAUAACAGAGGAUCCACUCCAUGUCAUGGCUUCUUGGAAUCAUCAUUCUUCCCAUUUUUGCAACUGGACUGGUGUAACAUGUAGUCCUUAUAAUGGCAGAGUAACCAAUCUUGAUUUGAGUUCGCGACAACUUGCUGGCACCAUACCGCCUUCCAUUGGUAAUCUCAGUUUCCUUACAGGCAUUGAUCUUGCAAACAAUAACUUCCGUGGUGAAAUUCCUCAAGCAAUUGGCCGCCUUCUGCAUCUGCAACAUUUAAAUGUUAGUUAUAAUUCAUGUAGUGGGAAAAUUCCAACCAAUUUAACUUACUGUAAGGAACUUAGAGCACUUGAUCUACAAUUUAAUGAACUUGUUGGGAAAAUUGUGGAUCAACUUAGUUCAUUGUCAAAGCUGUAUUUGUUUAAACUGAAAAGGAACUCACUUGGAGGAGGCAUUCCACGUUGGUUAGGAAACUUUUCGUCUCUAGAGUUCCUUGACAUUUCGGGUAAUAGUCUACAAGGACCAAUACCUGAGGAUCUUGGCCGUCUAACAAAGUUGCUGGUGUUUCAUGUGAACUCAAACGAAUUAUCUGGUACAAUCCCUCCAUCGAUUCUCAAUAUUUCUUCCAUAUACUAUUUCUCUGUUACACAAAAUCUACUGCAUGGACAACUUCCAGCAGAUGUAGGCCUCACUCUUCCAAACGUUGAAGUAUUUGCUGGUGCUGUCAAUAGCUUCACCGGACCUAUUCCUGUUUCACUGGGGAAUGCUUCUAAGCUUCACGUGAUUGAUUUUUCCCAAAAUAAACUUACCGGGGAUGUGCCAACUAGUUUUGGAAAGUUGGAAACUUUAGUUAGACUCAACUUUGAGGCGAACAGACUAGGAGGGAGGGGAAGUUAUGAGGGCUUGAAAUUUCUUGAUUACCUAACCAAUUGUACAAAUCUGAUGGUACUGAGUUUCGCAACCAAUGACUUUAGGGGAGAAUUGCCUUACUCAAUCACUAAUCUUUCAACUGUACUUGAGAUUUUCUCUCUAGGCAACAAUAGGAUACAUGGUACUCUUCCAGCUGGAAUAGGCAACCUUAUUAGUUUGACCCUACUAGGAAUGGAAGGAAACUACCUCAAUGGCAGUGUGCCUGAAGCUAUAGGUAAACUUGAAUAUCUGGAACGUCUCUAUUUGAACGGAAAUGCAUUUUCUGGGAAGAUACCAUUCUCCAUUGGUAACUUGACAAGGUUAGGUACUCUAAACCUGGAAGAAAAUAGACUAGAAGGAAGCAUACCUCCUGAGUUGGGGAAGUGUAAGAUCUUGUCAACAUUAAACCUUACUAGGAAUAAUCUUAUUGGCUCCAUACCGAAAGAAUUUGCAGGAUUAUCUUCCCUUUCAAUUUCUUUAUCACUGGGAAGUAAUUCUUUGACUGGAUCCUUGCCAAAAGAAUUUGAUCAGUUGAUAAAUCUCGAGGAAUUGGAUUUAUCACAGAAUAAAUUAUCUGGUGAGAUUCCAAGCUCUCUCAGCAAUUGCCUCCACUUAGAGCGUUUAAAUAUUAGUAAUAAUCUCUUUCAGGGAAUCAUUCCUCAAUCCUUAGCAAAUUUAAAAGGAUUAGCUGAGAUAGAUUUUUCACGGAACAACUUGUCAGGGAAAAUACCGGAAUUUCUUGGGAAACUUUCAUAUCUCAGAAAACUUGACCUUUCAUUCAAUGAACUUGAAGGUGGGGUGCCAAAAGAAGGGAUCUUUUCCAAUACAAGCGCAAUUUCAAUCAAAGGAAACAGUAAACUUUGUGGAGGUGUUCCCAACUUACAUUUGCCUGAAUGCCCAAAAGCUCCGAAGGACCUUAAUUCAAGAGUGUGGAUUGCGGUUAUUGUUCCUGUUGCACUCUUAGCUUUGGUACUAUGUUUCUGUGGUGCUUAUUACAGGCUCAGAAACUCAAGAAAGUCACACCCUUGGAUCGAUGGGCAGCUAGCACAGAUACCAAGAACUACAUAUCGAGAAAUACGUAGAGCAACGGAUGGUUUCUCUGAGGAUAACUUGGUAGGUACAGGAAGUUUUGGUUCAGUAUAUAAAGCGCAUUUCCAUGGCGAGGACACAAUAAUGGCAGUGAAAGUGUUGAACCUACAACAAAGAGGGGCCUUGAGGAGCUUCCUGGAUGAAUGCAGAGCUUUGAGAAAUAUAAGGCAUCGUAAUCUUCUCAAAAUCAAGACUGCUUGUUCGAGCAUUGAUCACCAAGGUAAUGACUUCAAAUGCCUAGUUUUUGAGUUCAUGACUAAUGGAAACCUACACGAUUGGUUGCAUUCGGAAAAUGAUGACCAGCAACACCAAACAAAGAAGCUGACCUUUAUCCAAAGACUAAACAUUGCCAUAGAUGUUGCUUCUGCACUUGACUAUCUCCACAAUCACUGUCAAACGCCAAUAGUUCAUUGUGAUCUAAAACCAAGCAACAUACUCCUCGAUGAAGAAAUGUCUGCCCAUGUUGGUGACUUUGGCUUAGCAACAUUUCUCCUUGACACAUCAAGCAAUUCUUGGAGUCAUCAUAUUUCUGCAGCACUAAAGGGUUCCAUAGGUUACAUCCCAACAGAGUACGGAUCAGGCGGCCAAGUAUCCACACUUGGAGAUGUUUACAGCUUUGGAAUAGUGUUGCUAGAGUUGUUCAUAUGUAAAAGACCAACUGAUGCAAUUUUUAACGAGAGUAUAAACAUUCACAAGUAUGUUUCAAUGUCUUUGCCUGAACAUGUCAUGGAGAUUGUAGAUCCCUCAUUGCUCUUGGCAGAGGAAGAGCAAAACAUCAAUCAAGAUCAAGCAAGAAGAGUGGAAGAAUGUUUGCUCUCGGUUUUGGAAAUCGGGCUUAGAUGUUCUGCAUCAUCACCAAGAGAUAGAGCUCCAAUAGACACUAUUUUGAGCAUGCUUCAAGCAAUUCAGGAGUCCUUCCUUACAAGGAGAUGAUAAUAUGAAUUAACUGUUUGUUUUUCAUGUUUCUUAUAUUAAGCCUUGUUCUGAAUCAGAGAAUGCUACAGAAUGAACUAGUAUGCCUGGAAUUAGAAUAAAAUUCUUCUUGUGUUAUGGUGUUUGAUAGAGUUUACCCCAUUAA